UCCUCUGCGCGCACAGCUGUGGUUUCUCCGGAGCGGAGCUUGAAAUCAGACGCGCCGAGCGAGACGCAGCGCUAUCCGGGGGAUUUAAACUGCUAUUCGCCGCCGUCCGCGCCCGGAGGUCUCUCUCUAUCGCCUUGGAUCUGCUCUCUCCUUGGAUUAUUACCGUUCUUUAUUCCUUGGCGCGACGCGCACGAAGAUGUAAGGAGGUUUUGCGCGUGCAGAAUCACGGAGAACACAAGAACGCGCUCGUUAAAACAAGCAGGAGCUCCAGUAUCCGGAUGACAGCGUCAGGCAAACAUUCCCAGGAGUGCCGAUGAAAACACACGAGCCAUAAGUUUGGCCUGACUUUGGCACGCGGAUCUAUUUAUCCGGUUCAACCGAGGCAGCUGAAGAAAACGCCACUAAAAACAGCCGAAGAAUGAAGCAGAAGGAAUAUUAAAAACAGCAGAGAGAGUGCCAAACGUCCAGCGUGCCGACCCUUCGUCUCCAGCCUGUGGGGCCGCGGCUCUCCAGCCAGGUCAGAGGUCAUCUGCAACAUGAUGCCAGCCGGCCACCUGCCCAUCCUGCUCUCCCUGAGCGCCCUGCUGCUGUCUCCGCUGCUCACCGGCUCCUUAGCCUUAUCUCCACCCAGGUUCACAAAAGUACCUGUCGACAUGAUCGGCGUCUCCGGAGGUGUCGUAUCCUUUGUAUGCCAAGCCACAGGUGACCCCAAGCCAAGAGUAACCUGGAAUAAGAAAGGAAAGAGGGUGAACUCUCAACGCAUCGAGACAAUAGAGUUUGACGAAGGUGCUGGGGCCGUCCUAAGGAUCCAGCCUCUCCGGGCGCCUCGAGAUGAGAACAUCUAUGAGUGUGUGGCGGAGAACAGCGAAGGCGAAAUCAGUGUCCAAGCUAAGCUGUCAAUCAUUAGAGAGGACCUACUUCCUGCUGGCUUCCCCAACAUCGACAUGGGCCCACAGCUGAAGGUGGUGGAGCGCACGCGCACGGCUACCAUGCUUUGCGCCGCGAGUGGUAACCCCGACCCGGAAAUCACCUGGUUCAAAGACUUCCUUCCCAUCGACCCCAGCACAAGUAACGGACGAAUCAAACAGCUCAGAUCGGAGAGUACUCCCAUCCGAGGUGCUCUGCAGAUAGAAAACACUGAGGAAACCGACCAGGGGAAGUACGAGUGUGUGGCGUCUAACGUGGAAGGCGUCCGAUAUUCUUCCCCUGCCAACCUGUAUGUGCGAGAGCUUCGAGAAGUUCGUCGUGUACCCCCACGUUUCUCCAUCACGCCCCCCACCACUCAAGAGAUCAUGCCGGGCGGUAGCGUCAACAUCACUUGCGUCGCUGUCGGCUCGCCCAUGCCCUAUGUCAAGUGGAUGCAAAACUCUGAGGACCUGACGCCUGAAGACGAGAUGCCAGUGGGCAGGAAUGUUCUGGAGUUAAACAGUGUCCGUGAGUCGGCCAACUACACCUGUGUGGCCAUGAGCAGCCUGGGCAUCAUCGAGGCUAAUUCCCAGAUCAUUGUCAAGUCCUUGCCGAAACCUCCAGGUACUCCUGUCGUAACUGAAACUACCGCCACCAGUAUCACCAUCACCUGGGACAGUGGCAACCCUGAGCCCGUCUCCCAUUACAUCAUCCAGUAUCGCGCCAAAUCUCCCGAGAGCAAGUUCGAGACCGUGGACUCCAUCACCACCACUCGCUACAGCAUCGGAGGACUUUCUCCAAACACUGAUUACGAGAUCCGCGUGUCAGCCUUUAACACCAUUGGCCAGGGCCCGCCCAGUGAACCAGUUGAGGCUAGGACUGGGGAGCAAGCUCCCGCCAGCCCACCGCGCAAUAUCCAGGCCCGUAUCAUCUCCCAGAACACCAUGAUGGUACGCUGGGAUGAACCCGAGGAGCCCAAUGGACAGAUCAAGGGUUAUCGGGUCUACUACACCAUGGAUCCAUCUCAGCCCAUGAGCAUGUGGCAUAUCCACAACGUACAGGACAGUGUGAUCACCACCAUUCAGAGUCUGGUGGCUUCCGAGACCUACACCAUCAGAGUGCUGGCCUUCACGUCAGUAGGAGAUGGACCCUUCUCGGAUCCCAUUCAUGUCAAAGUGCUUCAAGGAGUCCCUGGACAGCCGACCAACUUCCAGGUUGGUGAGGUGUCAGACACGAGCAUUGAGCUGACAUGGGAGCCAGCCUUCGAAAAAGAGGGAAUCAUCAGUUACGAACUGCAUUACAAAGAAGGCGGGCAAGAAUCUCAGGAAAAGAAAAUAUUUGGCCCAACCUCUUCCUUUGUGGUGGUGGGUCUACGUGCAAAUACAGAGUACUACUUCUCUCUGGCUGCCGUCUCCAACAAAGGCAUUGGAGCCUUCACCAACGAAAUAUCCCAAAGGACAUCCCAAGCCAAGCCCUCCGCCCCCCCUCAAGACAUUAAGUGCUCCAGCUCCAGCUCCACCACCCUGCUGGUAAGUUGGCGCCCUCCGCCGGCCGAGAGCCAGAACGGGGCGCUGGCCGGGUACAUAGUGCGCUACGUGGUGGUGGGGGCCGGGGCCGAGGUCAACACGGAGCCCAUGGAGGAGCCAGCUGUGCCCCCCAGCUCCAAUCAGAUCCAGCUGCAGCGGCUGGAGAAAUGGACCUUGUACCGAGUCACCGUGGCGGCCUCCACCAGCGUGGGUCCGGGCCCCGAGAGCGAGCCGCUGCUGUGCCGCACGGACGAGGACGUGCCCGGGGCCCCCCCACGUCGCGUGGAGGUCGAGGUGCUAAACUCCACUGCCAUCAAGGUGAUGUGGCGCUCCCUGUUGCCUGGGAAACAGCACGGACAGAUCCGCGGAUACCAGGUGCACUAUGUCCGUGUCGAGAACGGCGAAUCCCGCGGCCUGCCCCUCAUCAAGGACGUCAUGCUCGCCGAUGCACAGUGGGAAAUGGACGACACAGCUGAAUACGAGAUGGUCAUCGGGGGCCUGCAGCCUGACACCACAUACUCCAUCACCGUGGCAGCCUACACCACCAAAGGAGACGGAGCCCGCAGCAAACCCAAGCUGGUGGUGACUAAAGGAGCAGUGCCGGGGCCUCCCUUUCUCUCCGUCAACCAAAACUCAGAGACUACUGCAUUAGUGCGCUGGCAAUCCCCAGAUUUCGUUGCUCCGGGUCUCGAGGUGCAAGGCUAUCGACUACAGUUCGGCCGAAAGGAUGUGAGCCCCUUGGCCACGCUGGAGUUCGGCCCUCAGGAGCUGGAAUAUUCCAUUAGCAAUAUCCACCGAGGGGCCACGUACGUCAUCAAAGUGUCUGCCAAGUCCAGAUCGGGAUUUGGCGAAGAGGCUACCCGAGAACUAAAAGUCCCAGAGGAGGUUCCUCGAGGGUAUCCCCAAAUAAUCGAAGGGUCUAACAUUACCUGCUGCUCGCUCCAAUUUGCCUGGUUGCCUCCGGUGCUAGCGGAACGCAACGGCGCUAUAACAGAAUACACACUGGCUUACCAGGAGGCCGGAACAGCCGGCGGACCCAAGGAACUACGUCUGCCAGCAAGUGAGAACAGCUAUACCCUCAACAGCCUAAGGCCCAACGCAGUGUACGAUGUGAAAAUUCGAGCGCACACCAGUGUAGGUCCAGGGCCCUACAGCCCACCGAUCCAGUAUCGAACAGUGGCCUACGAAGCAGAUGUUCCUAAGAACUUCACCGUGAAGCUGGCCACCAAAACCACGGUACUGCUGACCUGGAAGUUUUCCGAUAGCCGCUUCCCAUACCGCUGCAUGAUCGAGUACAACCGGCAGAAGGUUGACAUUGAUGCUAGGAUGACCAAAGCUCUCAUCACCAACUUGCGACCCAACAGCACCUACGAGUUCAGAAUCACCUGCCAGGAGAGCAGCGACGGUGGACCCAAACACAAGCUCGUUGCACGAACAGCGCCACCUAUUCUGGUCCGAAAGCCAGAGUUGGACCUGAAAAGAGAGCCAGACAGUACUCUGACCAUUGUCUUCCCACCGCUGGAAUCCAAAGAGUUGAUCAAGGCGGUCUAUGUUGUGGUGGUUCCUCUGAAGAAGGGAAGAGGUCCGAUCCGACACAUCAAGAGCCCAGAUGAAUUGGACCUAGAAGAGUUGUUGGGCGACAGAAGACUCGGUCAACGUCACGCUCGAACCACCCGUCAGCUCAAGCAGGUGGACGGGAAGCGGCCCUACAUUGCUGCCAGCUUCAAGCCCUCAUCCAUGCCGCCGUCCUUCACCCUGGGCAACCAGAUGGUGUACAGCGGCUUUGAAAACAGGGCUCUAGACCCCGGGCAGGAAUAUGUGUUCUUCAUCCUUGCUGAGCUCAACACCACCGGAGGGAAAUCGUUUGCGUCCAGCCCCUACACGGAUCCAGUCACAGCUCCAGACGUGGACCCUCAGCCCAUAGAGACGGGAGGGGACGGACUCAUCUGGGUGGUGGGGCCCGUUCUGGCUGUGGUCUUCAUAAUAUGUAUUGUGAUUGCGAUUCUCCUCUACAAGAACAGCAAGCCUGACAGCAGCAAACGUAAAGAGUCAGAGCCACGGACGAAAUGUCUGCUGAACAACGCCGAUAUCACCCCUCACCACCCCACAGACCCAGUGGAGAUGAGACGAAUCAACUUUCAGACCCCAGAUUCGGGUCUAAGCAGUCCUGUCAGUGAAGCCGGUUUUGACUAUGAAAGUAUGAUGAACCACCCUCCUAUACCCAUCUCUGAGCUAGCCGAGCACACGGAGCUACUGAAGGCCAACGACAACCUGAAGCUCUCCCAGGAGUAUGAGUCCAUCGAUCCGGGUCAGCAGUUCACCUGGGAGCAUUCCAACCUGGAGGUCAACAAACCCAAGAACCGCUACGCCAACGUCAUCGCCUACGACCACUCCCGCGUAAUCCUGGCACCCAUCGAAGGUAUCACAGGCAGCGACUACAUCAAUGCUAACUACAUCGAUGGCUACAGGAAGCAGAAUGCAUACAUAGCCACGCAGGGACCGCUGCCGGAGACCUUCGGAGACUUCUGGAGGAUGGUGUGGGAGCAACGAGCUGCCACCGUGGUCAUGAUGACCAGACUGGAAGAGAAGUCAAGGAUAAAGUGUGACCAGUACUGGCCGAGUAGAGGGACGGAGACCUACGGUAUGAUCCAAGUGACGCUCCUGGACACCAUCGAACUUGCCACUUUCUGCGUACGCACCUUCUCUCUACACAAGAAUGGUUCCAGUGAAAAGCGAGAGGUUCGACAGUUCCAGUUCACCGCCUGGCCGGACCAUGGCGUUCCUGAGUACCCCACUCCUUUCCUGGCCUUCCUCAGGAGGGUGAAGACCUGCAAUCCACUGGACGCCGGCCCCAUCAUCGCCCACUGCAGUGCUGGUGUGGGCCGCACAGGCUGCUUCAUCGUGAUUGACGCCAUGCUGGAGCGCAUCAAGCACGAGAAGACGGUGGACAUCUACGGUCACGUGACCCUCAUGCGCUCCCAGAGGAACUACAUGGUGCAGACGGAAGACCAGUACAGCUUCAUCCACGAUGCCCUCCUGGAGGCUGUCGCAUGCGGGAAUACAGAGGUGGCGGCACGAAGCCUCUUCUCCUACAUCCAGAAGCUGGCGCAGGUGGAGACCGGAGAGCACGUUAGUGGCAUGGAGCUGGAGUUUAAGCGUUUGGCGAACUCCAAAGCCCACACGUCCAGAUUCAUAAGUGCCAAUCUGCCAUGCAACAAAUUUAAAAACCGACUGGUCAACAUCAUGCCCUAUGAGACCACUCGAGUGUGCCUGCAGCCCAUCAGAGGGCUGGAGGGGUCCGACUAUAUCAACGCCAGCUUCAUUGACGGAUACAGACAACAGAGGGCUUAUAUAGCCACACAAGGCCCAUUAGCGGAGACCACUGAAGACUUCUGGAGGAUGUUGUGGGAGAACAACUCCACCAUUGUGGUGAUGCUGACCAAACUGAGGGAGAUGGGACGAGAAAAGUGUCACCAGUACUGGCCGGCAGAGCGCUCUGCUAGAUAUCAGUACUUUGUGGUGGAUCCCAUGGCGGAGUACAACAUGCCGCAGUACAUCCUCAGAGAGUUCAAAGUGACGGAUGCUCGGGACGGCCAAUCCAGGACCGUACGGCAGUUCCAGUUCACCGAUUGGCCGGAGCAGGGCGUUCCCAAAUCAGGAGAGGGCUUCAUCGACUUCAUUGGACAGGUGCAUAAAACCAAGGAGCAGUUUGGACAGGACGGGCCCAUUUCUGUCCACUGCAGUGCCGGUGUGGGGCGGACCGGGGUCUUCAUCACGCUAAGCAUCGUGCUGGAGCGGAUGCGCUAUGAGGGUGUGGUGGACAUCUUCCAGACGGUCAAAAUGCUGAGAACGCAACGGCCAGCAAUGGUGCAAACAGAGGACGAGUACCAGUUUUGCUAUCAGGCAGCUCUGGAAUACCUUGGAAGUUUUGAUCACUAUGCAACGUAAAAAGCCAUUUUUGUUCCCCCCUGCCCCACAAACCCCCUUCCCCCCAACAGCCUCCUGAGCCAUAAAAACUUGCUUGAAAACACAAAACAAUGACAACUAUACACAAUUCAUACAAUUUUUUUGAAGAAUCGUCUUUUGGAACCAAUCGAAGCGCGUCAUGCGUAUUCCCAAUUGGACAAGCAACACUGGAGAAGCUCAAAUGGAUCCCAAACCCUUCUAUGUCCCAAGCUCGUAAUGGAGGAACCAAACGUUUUGGCUCAGGCUGUAGGGCGGGAAUGACUAUCUAGGUGUCGGACCACUAACUUUACCUCAAGUGUUCUGACAUGGAGGACAAGCAUUGUUUCUUUUCAAACUAACUCUAUGAACAUAUUACAAAAAGACAUGAAGGAAAAGUCGGUGAGAUACAACAUGACCACAAAUUAAAGUAUAAAUGAUGAGCACCUAAUUGGUUGGCGUUUAAAAUCCUUCUUUGUUUACUAAAAUGGAAAUGUUUCCAUUGAAAGGUCAUCUGUCGGUCUAACAGCAGUCUUCAAUGGAGAAGCUGGCGCAACAGUACAGACAAGACUUCUUUUGCUGCUCAAGUCUUGGGUCCAAGCCUCUCCUUGACAUGUUGCCAUUCGGACAAAAUUGGGAGCCACUUAAGAAGCAAUUCGAGGCAAACCGUUCAUCCACUUAAGAAAGUCACCCUCCUCUCGAAACCACUGGAGUCACCAAACCAGAACUCAACAUGUCUUGAGGCGCUGAGGCAUUCAAGGAAAUGGUUGAAACCUAAUCGCAUCGGUUUCUUGAGGUGAGGACAGUUUUUCGGUGCUUUCGAGGACGUGCUUGCGAACAUUUCGGGCCAAUGUAGCUCCAUCUUCACUUCUCGAGAGCCAAUGGGAGUGUGAAAAGUUGUCAACUGGAGAUUAGGACCAGAGGAUCCACCACCGAAGUCUCGAGUUUCUUUGGCACAAUGUAGCUCCAUUUCCAUCCUCGAGAGCCAAUGGGAGCUCAACCUGUUGCGUAAUUGGGAGAUUUGGACCAGAGGAACCACCAACAAAGUCUCACGUUUCUUUGGUGCAAUGCAGAUCCAUUUCCAUCCUCGAGAGCCAAUGGGAGCUCGACCUGUUGUGUAAAUGGGAUAUUAGGACCAGAGGAUCCACUAAUGAAGUCUUGAGUUUCUUUGGUGCAAUGUAGAUCCAUCUCCACCUCUCAAGAACCAAUGGGAGCGUAAAAUGUUGCGUUAUCUGGAGAUUAGGACCAGAGGAACCAUCAACGAAGUCUCAAGUUUCUUCAGCGCUUUGUAGCUCCGUUUCCAUCCUCGAAAGCCAAUGGGAGCUCGACCUGUUGCGUCAAUUGAAGGUUACGACGAGAAGAGCCACUAACAAAGUCUUGAGUUUCUUUGGCGACUUCAUCUGAUACAUUGACUGGUCUCUCCAUUGACAUACAUAAUGUAUGGCAGACCGGAUAGGGGAUGCGUGGCUAUGUCUUGUUUUCGGUACUUCGAUGUCCCCAGUGACCAACGUUCAUUGCCAUCGUUUCAAACGAUUUUUUGUCUUACAACUGUUUCUUUGGUUUAGUUUUGCUCUUGAUACCAAACAUGCUGCUUUUGCUCCAUUAUGCUGUACGUGUACAUGUGAAGAGUCCGAUUCACCGGACAGAAGUGUGUGAGAGCGUAAUUACGUGUGCUGGUCCCACCGAUCAAUCCAUUUCCUUAUGCCCCAACAGUCGCCCAGGAUGAAAUUGCAUUUUUUUCAUCAUCAACGACCCAUUCCUGGUUACUUUGGGAUUUCUUGCGUUCAUUUGUUGGUUCUUUUUGAGGUGUUUCUUCAGUGGAUUUUGGCUAACGAAGAGCAAGAAAUGGGCAUAUGUUUGCGCCAUGAAACUGCGGUACAACUAUCUUAUGAAUCUGUUGUUUUAGGUGGGACUGUUUUACACACUCAUAUGCAUAUGAGGGGAGGGGCCUGCACUCCGCCGUCAGAGCUGAUUGGCUGUACUGGAGAAUGCUUGAACCUGGAGUGUUCUGAUUGAUGAGAGAAUGAAAGGAGCCGUGUGUAAUCUUAUUUCCAAAAAAGCCUUAUUCUUGUAACAUCAUAGAACAAAAUCAAAUGCAUUAUUGUUGUAUUAUUUUGACUAUUAUCUUAACAAACAUUUGAUUUCUUGGUUUAGUGUUUUACUUUUUUUUUUAACAAAGAUACUGUACUCAUUUUUUAAUUAGCAAAGAAAAAUAAUGCUCAUUUUGCUCAUAUUAUGUUAAAAGACAUUCUAUUUUUUCACUGUAGAAAUGUAACGUGAGAUGUGUUUGUGUGCAUGUAUACAUAGACGAAUGGGACGUGAAUGUAUACAUGCACACUCACAUAUAUUAUAUUUAAAUGCAGAAUAUAAAGAUGUAUCCAAAUCUUCAUAUGAAUAGCCUUUUUUGUUUUUGUUUUUGAAGCGGGCUUUCAUUUUUAUACCACCAUGAAAUUAUGAAAGUGUGUAUGAAAUCAUGAAUGACUUUUUAUUGUUUUGGGUUUUUUUUUAAAGAGUCUGGGAAAUGCAUUUUCAGAAAUGCAGAAAUUUCCCAUAAAUCAUUGCAGGGAGAGCUUUGACUUCCUGUUGCCCACUGAUGAAGGUUGAAUUAUGAUUACAAUUCUGUUGUUAUUCAUCAAUAGUACUAGUAUUAACUGAAGUAUUACUUUUAUAAAAGAUGUAGAACUGGUUUACUAAAUAUUGAAUUGAACAAAAAAAAAAAAUUAUCGAAACUUUCCAAAUUUUACUAAAAAAAAAAACGAAAAAUAAUUUUGUUACAGCCCAUAUCUGUGAAAGCUUUCAUUUUUUGAAACAUUAUUUGUCUUUUUACUUUUCAAACCACCGAAUGUUCAAUCGUUUGUUAGAUAUCAACUAUGAUCCUGAAUAUAAUGCCUGUAAAUAAACAAAUAUAUAUUAUAUGUAUUUGUAUAAUUUGACCCACAAGGUUUCUGUCUUUGAACAAAACUGAGAUAACCAACAACAAAAAAAUGUUUAUGCUAAUGGAAACCUUCCACAGUUUUGAAAGAAGCUUUGUCUCACGCUAACAGCUCUGUUUAUCUCUCUACACUUCAUUCCUCUCUUUGUCUGAUCCAUUUGUUGGUUUUUUCCCAACUCUUCACUUUUUUUUUUUCUUAUCUUAGCCAACACACCCCGCAGUCCAGUGGUGAGAGAAAUCACAACUUUCUCCUUUUUCCAUAAGACUUUGUGCAUCACUCUUAUUUUUUUAACAUUUGUAAUACACUAGUACAUGUCUGUCAGAUUUCACUCCAAAAUCAAAAAGCAUAACGAAAAUAAAGCCUAUUUUUAAACAUUUUCACCUCAAAAUUCACUGUAUUUCUCAUUACUCAAGAGGUGAUUAUAAUUAUUGUGCAUAAAAUGUUUUUUUUUGUUGUUGUUGUAAUAUUUUAGUUAAAAAUUGCUUCGAUUCAAAGUGUUAUUGAAAUCAGUGCAACAAAUUGUUUUAAAUAAGUUCCACAUUAAAGUAAUGUGUAUUUUUUUGUAUUAUGGUAAUGAAAAUUGUUUUUGUUUUUUUUCUAGAGGGGACUAUGGUAAUGAGUAUUGCUGGGAAAAUUCUUGAAAAUAAAAUGUUGUAAUGCAAAACAUCUUACUGGUGUCAAAAAAAUACUUAUCCAAGCAAAAUGUAAUUUCUUAGUUUUAUUUUUAUUUUGGAGUGAAAUAUGGCCCAGCAAUGUUCUGGAAAGGUUUUAUGAGAUUCACCCAAAAAUGAAUCCCAUUUUUACUCGUACCGAGCCUUGAAGCACUAAUCAUUUUGUGUUUUUUUCUCAUUCUGAGUGAUUCUGUUGUUAGAUCGGAAUGAAGAAGGGCUUAUAAAAUGCCCAGUGCCUAUAAAAUGCCAUAUGAACAGCAAGAGCAAAUUGCCUUGAAUUGGUUGCGUAUUUGGUGAUUAGCAUCACGUCAUCAUUGCUAGUUUAAAUGCACGCCCUUCUCUCACCACUGCCUCUGCACUUCAUAUUUUUAUAAUUAGUAGUUCAUUGCAAAGCUCUAAAAGUUUACUGAUGCCAUGUUUAGUUCACUUUUAUUGUUAUUUUGUUUUUACGUUGGGGGACGAAGUACGAGAGAACUUGGAAUCUGGAAAUUCCAGCGCUGCCUUUUAAACUGUUGGGAGUUUUGUGUGUUUCUAAUGAACUUUUCCUCGGGAGGGGAAAAAAACCGCAAAGGACACUUGGACUUGUCGGACUGAUCUCCAAAACCUACGAUGGCAAAUGUGCUUGGAAGUCCUGUUCAUCUGCUCAAUGCAAGGACGUUCGACAACGGGAGCCAACCGUGUGAAUCGAUUAGACUACAAACAACAGAGAACCAAUAUACAAAAGUGAACGUAUUAAAACCACGGCCAACAAAAAAAGAAACAAGCCAAACGCAAACGUGAAAAUAGUUUCUCUUUGUACGAAGGCCAAGUGCUAUCGCUUUCAAACUGUUACUUCUGAUGGACACAAUAAUUGGUUUGAAACCACUGUGUAUGUAGAUAUGUUGACUUUGUAUUAAAGAAAUGUUGUCUGAAAA